CUUACAACUACUCGAGACUGUUUUAAGCAUGGCCAUCUAGAUACAAAGUUUUGUCUGAAAUUAUUUUUAUGUUAUUACAUUUUCAUACAGCUUUACAGAAUAUUCCAUAAUGACUCUGCUAAGAUAUAUAAACCGACAGCCUAUCAAUAAAUUUUUCUUCAGAAAUCUAAGUCUCGAUAAUUUUACAACAGGUAUGUCUAGAGUGAAAAGCCCAAUAAAUGCUUACUUUAACCAUUAUAUAAAUUUACCGUUACCAGAAAAUAAAAUACUUGCCACGUAUGUAUGGAUAGACGGAAGCGGAAUACACAUGCGUUGUAAAGAUCGCAUUUUAAAUAAGGAACCUUGUGACUUGAGUAUGGUUCCUAAGUGGUCAUUCGAUGGAAGCUCAACAGGACAAGCUAAAACAAACGAUUCGGAUACUUUCCUAAUCCCUUCUGCCAUAUAUAGAGAUCCUUUUCGGAAAAGUCCUCAUGUAAUUGUACUUUGUGAAACUUAUUAUGGUGAUGGAACACCCACACCGACGAACCACAGGGCUCAUUGUGCUCAAAUUCUCAGUAAAAUAUCGGACCAAGAACCGUGGUUUGGAAUAGAACAGGAAUACACUAUGUUUGACAUUGAUCUAUGGCCACUCGGUUGGCCAAAAGUACGAGGUUAUCCAGUAACAAAAUCAAAAUAUUCUUACUGUGGUAUCGGUGAACAUGUUGCCGGAAGGGAUAUCGUGGAAUGCCAUACUAGAGCUUGUAUUUAUGCUGGAAUGGAUUACGAAGGUUCUAAUGCGGAAGUUAUGAAAGGUUCGUGGGAGUUCCAAGUCGGCACCACGAUGGGCGUAAAGGCGGCAGACGAUUUGUGGUUAGGCCGGUUCCUUCUCAAUAGAAUAGCCGAAAAGUUCGGUGUAAUUAUUAGUUAUCACCCAAAACCAGUCGGCAAAAAUCAACCAGGCAUUGGAUGUCAUCAUAAUUUCAGCGUCAAAAAGAUGCGUUGUGAUGGAGGAUUAAAAGAAAUAGAAAAGGUUUGCAAAAUUCUGUGUGAUCAACAUGACAAAUUAAUCAAAAAUUAUGGUCUCGGAAAUGGAGAAGAAAAUAAAAAGAGGCUAACAGGAAAAUUUGAAACAGCCUCCUAUGAUUCAUGUCGAUGGGGUGUAGCAGACCGAGGUGCAUCGGUCCGACUUCAAAAAAGUGUAGUUUCCGAAGGAAAGGGCUUUUUAGAAGAUCGACGUCCUGCUGGAGAUUGUGACCCCUACAGAGUAUGUGCUUUUCUGGCGGAGACAUGUCUUUGAAAACAUUUAAUGUAAUUUUCAGAACAUUAUUAUUUUUGGCCUGCUUUAUAGCUCAAUUUGUUUAAUAUUAUUGAUUUCGUUCAAUCGUAGUAUAGAUGAAAGAAAAUUAUGUGGUAAAGUUUUGUGAUUUGAGAUAUUAAACUGUAUAAUUUGAAAUAUUU